AUGCUGAAUCCAAUCACGGAUGAGUGGAAGAACAAGCUGGAACCGUUCUCGUACAAGGUGCUGCGGAAAGAGGCGACGGAGCGACCGUUUUCGAGCGAGUUGAACUCGGAGAAACGAACUGGACGGUUCGUGUGCGCUGGGUGUGGAACGCCGCUGUUCGACUCGAAGGCGAAGUACGAUUCGGGGACGGGUUGGCCGAGCUUUUACGAGCCGCUCGCGGGCGCGGUGAUGGAGGUUCCGGAUUACUCCAUCAUGUUCUUACCGCGCUCGGAGGUGCGAUGCACGGCGUGCCAAGGGCACCUUGGGCAUGUGUUCGAAGAUGGGCCGCCGCCAACGGGCUUGCGAUACUGCAUGAACGGUGCGGCGAUGAAAUUUGAGCCGGCGUCGGCGUAA